GCAGCGGGCGAACCGCGUUAAAGCAGCGGCCGGUUUGACCGGCGCCAGCAGCAGCGGUGUGUGUUUCCUGUUGUACAUGAGCGCUGUGAGUGGAGAAGAGUCUCCACCAUGGAUAUCCGCCCGAACCACACCAUUUACAUCAACAACAUCAAUGACAAAGUCAAGAAAGAAGAGCUGAAGCGCUCGCUCUACGCGCUCUUCUCCCAGUUCGGUCAGGUCAUCGACAUCGUGGCCAUGAAGACCAUGAGGAUGAGGGGGCAGGCCUUCGUCGUCUUUAAAGAGCUCGCCGCCGCCACCAACGCACUGAGGCAGCUGCAAGGCUUCCCCUUCUACAACAAGCCCAUGAGGAUACAGUACGCAAAGACCGACUCCGAGGUCAUCGCCAAGGUGAAGGGCACGUACGGCGACAAGGAGAAGAAGAAGGAGAAGAAGAAGAAAGCUCAGGAGCCGGCAGCAAGCCUCAUGAAGAAACCAGCAGUGGGAUCGGCGGCUCCUGUGCUCUCACCUGCAGUCCAGGUUCCAGACAACCCUCCAAACUACAUCCUGUUCCUCAGUAACCUGCCGGAGGAGACCAAUGAGAUGAUGCUGUCCAUGCUGUUCAACCAGUUUCCUGGUUUCAAAGAGGUGCGGCUCGUCCCGGGGAAACACGACAUCUCCUUCGUGGAGUUUGAGAGCGACACGCAGGCGGGCGUGGCCAAAGACGCACUGCAGGGCUUCAGGAUCACAGCGACCUGCGCCAUGAAGAUCACCUACGCCAAGAAGUAGUUCCCAGGUCUGACUGCUGACAGGACACAGAGACUCUGAGUGAGGGGGGGGGGUGGUCCCUGGAUUUCCGUUGUGUUUCCAGAUUCCUCAGAUUUUUGUAAAUCCAUUUAAAAUGUUUUUGUUUUUUUUGAUAAACUCUGUGCGGCCCUUCAUGAGUUUGAGAGAAAAAUCUCUGGCCUCCAUCUUCUUUUGUAAAAUAAAAAAUAAAAGACUUUUACAUAA